UAGGAAUAUAGAUAAGGCGUGAGGAUGAUUGAUGAGGGAGUGAGUACGAAACGGCGAAACCUGCGAGGUGGAGUAUAAAGCGCGUGUGGAGAUAUUUGAUUCUGCUUAUCCACGUAGAAAAGUUUAUCGAUCCUCACGAAUCAUUGUGGACAAAUCGAUGCGAUAUUUCUUCUUCAAAUCAGCAAUCUAUGCAAUUCUGCUGCAGGUCAUCGCCUAAACCAGCCUAAACCCAUCAACCUCUCGGGAAACACACAGAAAAAUACACACGUAUACUGACAAACACACACACGUAUAUAACAUAUAUAUAUAUAUAGAGAGAGAGAGAUAGAUAGAUAGAUAGGUAAAGCCGCAGGUGAUAAUCUCCGUUUUCCAGAAGUGGGGUUUCGGAGUUUGUUGGAAAGAUGGCGGUGGGUGUGGAAGAAGUGGUGAAGGAGUUGAGAUCCACAUACACUAGCGGGAAGACCAAAACUCUUGAGUGGCGAGCUUCGCAGUUGAAAGCAAUUAUCAGGAUAGCAACUCACCACGAGAAUGAAAUAGUCGAAGCUUUACGUUCUGAUCUUAAAAAACCAGAACUUGAAUCUUUUGUCCAUGAGAUAUGCGCAGUAUUAUCAGCAUGCAAAUUGGCGUUGAAGGAAUUACAUCGGUGGAUGAAACCGCAAAAAGUGAAAACCUCAAUGACCACUUUUCCUGCAUCGGGUGAAAUAGUGCCAGAACCGCUGGGUGUUGUAUUAGUUAUAUCAACUUGGAACUAUCCUUUUUUGUUAUCACUCGAACCAGUCAUCGGAGCUAUUGCAGCUGGUAAUGUGGUAGUGUUGAAGCCAUCAGAAGUUGCUCCUGCCACAUCAUCAGUCCUUUCAAAACUUCUUGGGGAGUAUAUGGACACUACAGCAGUGAAAGUUAUUGAGGGUGCCGUGCCUGAAACCACUGCAUUACUAGAACAAAAAUGGGAUAAGAUAUUUUACACUGGUAGUGGCAAGGUGGGACGAAUUAUAUUAGCUGCUGCUGCUAAGCAUCUUACACCUGUGGUUUUGGAGCUUGGUGGGAAAUGCCCUGUGGUGGUUGAUGCAAACAUCAACCUGAAGGUUGCCGCUAGACGUAUAAUUUCAGGCAAGUGGGGAUGCAACAGUGGGCAAACCUGUGUUUCCCCUGACUAUGUGAUAACCACAAAAGAGUACGCUUCAAAACUGGUAGAUGUUCUUUCAGCUGAACUUGAGAAUUUCUAUGGAAAGGACCCUCUUCAAUCAAAGGACUUGUCAAGUAUCAUAAAUGCUCAUCAUUUUGACCGUGUGACAAAGUUAUUGGACGAUGAGAAGGUUUCUGGUAAGAUUGUUUUUGGCGGUCAACAGGAUAAAACCAAUCUCAAGAUUGCUCCCACUAUUAUAUUGGAUGUCCCAGAUGAUUCUCUGAUCAUGAAUGAGGAGAUUUUUGGUCCAUUACUUCCGAUUGUAACGGUUAACAAAAUCAAGGAAUCUUUUGAUGUAAUAAAUGCUAAAGGGAAGCCACUUGCUGCAUAUCUGUUUACAAAUGACCAAAAGCUGAAGGCGGAGUUCAUAGGAAGCGUCUCAGCUGGGGGUAUUACCAUUAACGAUGUUGCUCUGCAUUUUGCAGAGGCUGGGUUGCCAUUUGGAGGGGUAGGGGAGAGCGGGAUGGGAGCCUACCACGGGAAAUUCUCAUUCGAUACUUUCAGCCACAAGAAGGCUGUCUUACAACGUGGUUUUGGUGGAGAUGUGGCUGCAAGAUACCCGCCAUACGCUCCCUGGAAGCUGCAAUUUCUUAAGGCACUUUUAAGAGGCAGUAUACUUGGCGUCCUUCGAGCUUUGCUUGGUUGGUGAGAUUUUACAAAGUAAUUUGGCUAAGCCUGGACACUUACGCAUACGAAUGAAUGCUUUUAUUCACAUGUAAUAAAUAAGCUUGAUGUAUAGUGUGGGUUUGUGCAUUUACGAACAAUUAUUUCAGGAUUAGCCGACGACCUAUAUACAUUGUGGCUAAAUUGGUGUAAAUCUGUUUUCUCCGUUUGUUUUCAACUUUUCAUUCUCAUUGCUUCAUUUCAUUA